AUGAGUAGUGGUGGGACGCCAUAUUGGAACGUCAACGUUCCAGAGGACAAAAGAUCUGUGGAGUGUCCCGAAUUUCUAGUUUCCUUGUCGGACAAAGACCGCACUAUCAUAAAUACUCCAGACGCCGAUUACCGAGCAGAUACUUGGGAGCAAGUUAAGAAGAAAGUUUCCACCAAUAGGCUUGACCUCUUUCGUCGAAAGCCAUCUGAUCUGCGCCGGUACCUUGAGUACACAUGGAAGCUGAGACGAGAUCAUGGGAGCGUUAUGAACUUCAUAUUGACGCAGAGGCUCCAGUGGGAAAUGCCCAUCAAACCCACGAGUGUGGUCCCUUUCGAAAAUCCUAUCGACUACAAAAUCCUCCGCAACGACUGGCCGUAUGGAAUCGACGAAAGAAUUGUACACCUUGUAGUGUGGACUCGCUUCGAACUCCCAGAAGAUGCUGCAACCGGAGACUUGACGGACGAAGCCAGGAGGCAGAUUGAUCAGUUUGUGAACAAGACCUUCUCCCCGCACAUGCCUCCGGACCAGUAUAUCUGGUUCAAGAAUUGGAAGUCUCUCAAAUCAGUUCAAGCUGUUGAACAUUUUCAUGUGAUGCUCUUUGAACCAGACCCCAGCUUCAUAAGCAACAUCACCAAUGGCGAUAUUCCUCUUUGUGAGAAAGCCCAAUCAUAA